AUGCCCGCCUCUAGCGACGGAGUGUUGUCAGGCAAGGGCCACCGCGCAAGCUUCCGUACCAAUCUCAGGCCGGACAAGCACUACUUUACGACGUUUCCAGCGUUUGGCUUGACCAACCAGUUCAUCUGCAUCUACACUUCAAUCUACAUGGCUUUGCUAUCGGAUAGAAUCCCCAUCUUACAACCCUUCAUCCCUCACUAUUCGCAUUUGGGCGGACAUGGAACUUUCCUCCCUAUCGGCGAGGUAUACGACCUGAACCGACUCCGCGCGGUUCUCGACUUACCCAUUGUCGAGAUGUGGGAGCUGAAGGCUUCUACCAUACUCAACACGACCGACCCUGCUAUCGAGGAGACGCCAGUCAUUGACGAAAUUGGAUGCUGGAGCAUGUGGAUGACGUCGUAUGGCGGAAAGUAUGGUAUCAGUGACACCUAUAGGUUCCAACCGGAAUGGACUCCUAUACCUCAGGAACACGUCCGGGCUGGUGGCCUUCAGCCAAACUUGCGGGACACGACAUCCUUACUCCGGAUCAGACCGCCCGGUCAGGACUUCACAUUGCCCCCUGGGUCGCAAACGGUAUUGACUAGACUCAACGUCACCCAGCCCGAGAUGGUCCCUGACAAUCAUGUCGCUUGCUUGGACGUCACCAUGUUUAUGAUGGUCGAGCCGGAGAGGUGGGACGUCACGGGCGAGUGGGUGGCGGGAGACGGGGCAUGGCAGGCGGUAGGGAGGCAUAUGCGAUUCCAGCCGUUCUGGUUGAAUCUGGCGGAGGUAUACCUGCGGCGGACGUUUGGGGUGGCCGAGGGCGAUGCAAUUCCACCUUAUAUCGGAGUGCACAUCAGGCGGACGGAUUUCUCUGAUACUUUGAAAGCCGUCUCUCUUCGGCACUAUGCCCAUGCGGCUUCUAUCGUCCAAAACAACAUCCGCACCUAUCUCGGUGUCGAUGUGAAGCGCAUCCUGGUUCUGACCGACGAAACGGACCCCGAGUGGCUUAAGCAGAUAGACAGCUUCGAGGGGUGGUCCUACGUCAAUCACGAGGCGGCCAAGACGAAGGAGCUCGGAUUAUGGUAUCCCACUUUAUUGGAUACUGUCAUGAUGUCGGGCGGGAUCGGUCUUGUUGGGCUGUACAAAAGUACAAUGGCCAUCAUGGCAUCACAUCGAGUGACCGAGUGGAAUGCGGGAGUGGCAAAGUUGUUGCAACACGAUUAUGGCCUUCAGGUGCCGGAUGGGUGGGAAUGGGCGAAUUCAAGAGGAUAG